AUUGUAAUUAUUGUUAUUGUGGCUUAAAAAUUGUUUUUUCCAAAAAUUUGAAUAAUUUACGACUGUAAUAAAAUACGUAAUUUCUUGUGGCACUUUUAAUUAAAUUAAUAUAAAUUAUAUUCUGUUAUGUAUUGAACAUUGUAUCAAAUAUUGUUAACUAGAUAGUAAAUAAAUAUUAUUUUAUAGAAAAUAUGGAGAUCACAAACGUAAGGUCUCCAACUAAGUUGAAUCAUAGCGACGAUGAUGAAUAUGAAGAACCGGAGCACACCAGAAAAAUAUUUGUAGGUGGGUUAGACUACAGAACAACAGAUGCUUCUUUAAAAAAAUUUUAUGAGCAAUGGGGAGAGAUUGUUGAUGUUGUUGUAAUGAAGGAUCCUCAAACAAAGAGAUCUCGAGGUUUUGGGUUCAUAACAUAUUCCCAAGCACACAUGGUUGAUGAUGCACAAAGGAAUAGACCUCACAAAAUCGAUGGGAGAAUUGUCGAGCCAAAAAGGGCUGUGCCUCGUGAUGAAAUCAAAAGGCCAGAUGCUAGUGCUACUGUUAAGAAGUUGUUUGUUGGUGGUCUGAAAGAAGAUAUCGAAGAGGAAGAUUUGAGAAAAUAUUUCAGCUCUUAUGGUGAUAUAGUAUCUGUUAGCUUAGUCUCGGAGAAAGAUACUGGCAAUAAAAGAGGAUUUGGUUUUGUAGAAUUUGAUGACUAUGACCCUGUUGAUAGAAUAUGCUUGCAACAAACACAUAAAAUUAAAGGAUAUAGCCUAGAUGUAAAGAAAGCAAUGUCCAAGUCUACAUAUGCAUCUGGUGGUAGACGUGGUGGUCGUGGCAGCUGGAGCAACAGACAAGGAGGUCGGGAUUGGAGUGAUUCUGGAUAUGGACAAGGAAGUGGAUGGAAUCAUCAAAGCCCAUGGGAUAACUCCAGCAACUGGGGCAAUCAGGGAUAUGGUGAACAGACAGGGUGGAAUCAAGGAUCUAAUAAUUUUGGUAGUGGAUACCAACAAAACUACAGUGGAGGUCCGAUGCGUCAAAACUUUAAUAACCCUCGACAGCAACCCUAUAAUGCAGGUGGAGGCUAUAACACUGGGGGUAACCGAAGUUUUAACAACUUGGAAAAUCCUCCAUCUGGAGGCAAUCAGCGACGCUUCUAACUUAAUCUGUCUCUUGUAUCAAGUUGCGCUUAGUCGAAGCUAGGGAGGCUGAUAGAUAGACAGGAGGUAGGCGGGAGUCAGCUAGCUAGUGAGGAAAGAUGACUCGAACCACCUAGUCAGUUUACAUUUAUUUCCUAUAAGAUUGGUCCAGGUACUGUGAGGCACUAGAUACAUACAUUUUUCGUCAAGCACUGUCACAGUUUUUACAUGUUUUUUCUCGGCACACAGAGGUUUUGCUCUAUUUAUUAUAGUCUUAAUUGAAAGGAGUUUUUGAUUGAUAUUGUAAAAGCUGUGCUAUUUUAAGGGUUACGUUUCUAGCAUAUAAGUGAUGCAAUAUGUUAAUAUUUUUUAUCUUUAUCAAUUUUUAAUAUUUUUUUUUAUUUAAAAUUUCUCUCAGUUUAACAUUCCUAUUAAUUUUAAAGCAUAUAUGAAGUGCAAUUUUAUUGAAUAAUGUAUAUUCAUUUUUAUUUAGUAUUAUAAUUAUAAGACGGUUCUUGUUGGACAUUAUUCCGAUCUCAUUGUUGAAAUUUUUAUAAUUAUAGGUAUAAAUUAUAAAAAAAAUUUUAAGAGUUCCUUGAUGUUAAAUUAUAUUCGUAUUUUUUAUAAUCUUAAUAUAAAUAUAGAGAUGUUUUUUUUCUUCAUAUUUUACUUCGUGUAUUAAGUAUAAUGUAGAAUAACCUACAUUUCAUCUAAUAUUUGUGUGAAUUAUAAUUAAAUUGAGACUGUUUUCCAUGGACUCUUCUACACUUGGACAAGCAUGCGUUCGUGGAAAAGGCCAUG